AUGACCAUGGAAGACACGAAGAAUUCUGAGGCCAAGCAAGAGCAAAAGGUCUGGGACGAAACCAAUGCGGUAGGACGUUCUCCUCCAGAAAUUGAACACCUCUACCUUGAUUUCGACACCCCGUUGCCACAAAUUGUAUUUCCAUUGCGAAAUGAUGGCUUGUCAAUGCCGCCAUGCCCCGAGCUAUCUCAAUAUGCCUCCCCUUUCCUGUGGUCGAAAACUCGGAAAGUGGUCAUCACGAUCAUCUCUUGUUGCGUCACAGGUAUGGCGUGUUAUGAAGCGGGCGCAUACACAGCUCCAUCCGAGGAGCUGACGGCCAAAUGGAAUAUCAGCAAAACGCAGUUCAAUCUUGGAAUUACUCUAUACAUGCUUGCAUUCGCUAUUGCUCCUAUGGUGCUGGCACCUUUCUCAGAAAUCAAUGGGAGGAGACCCGUCUUUGUGCUAAGUGGGCUUCUUUUUACCGCUUCGUUGAUUGGAUGCGGCGCUACCGAAUCCUUUGCGGGUAUGCUUUUGGCAAGGUUCUUUCUUGGAAUUGGUGGAUCUACCUUUUCUACCAUUGUUGGCGGCGUCAUUAGCGACAUAUAUCAUGCGAAGAACCGAAAUAUCCCCAUGUCAUGCUUCUCAGGCUCAGUGUUCUUUGGGACAGGGUUGGGUCCACUGGUUACCGGGUUCAUUGCUCACCGCACAAAUUGGAGGUGGAUUCACUACUCCGUCGCAAUAAUGUCCUUCUGCCUUGUGUUGAUUCUCUUCUUCUUCCUAAAAGAAACUCGGGGAAACGUCCUUCUGAGUCGGAAGGCAAAUGCUCUCAAUCGAUACUAUCAGGCACUUGAAAGCGCCGGUUUCGAGGGCGUGGUUUUCGAAGAAAAUAUGGCGGUUCCACAUCCAACUCGCCGAAUCCGAUGGAAGGUCAGAAGUGAUGAAGAGCGCGGAAGUAUCUUGCAAAUGCUGUCUUAUUCCAGUCUCAGGCCUUUCCGUCUCCUCUUUACUGAACCUGUUGUUUUCUUCUUUUCAAUUUGGGUUUCGUUCAGCUGGGGAAUUUUAUUCCUUCAGUUUAUUGCCCUACCACUUGUUUAUUCCACCAACCACAACUUCAAUGUUGAACAGACCGGAGCCAUCUUUUCUGCGGUGUCCAUUGGAGCAUUGAUUGCUACCCCGCUUAGUAUCUUUCAAGAAAGAUUUGCUAGGCAAUUUGGCAACCGAUUCAAGACCCCAGAGGGCAGGCUUUAUUUCACGUGUGUUCAGUCUAUUUUGAUGCCGAUCGGAAUGUUCUGGUUUGGAUGGACAUCAUUUCAAUCCGUCCCCUGGAUUGUACCUACCCUUGCCGUUGGGUGCUCGACCAUUGGAAUUUUUUCCAUCUAUCUUGCAACUUUCAAUUACCUCGCAGAUACUUACCAUCGAUAUGCGAGUUCAGCCCUUGCGGCCCAAUCUUUCUGUCGAAACGUUCUUGCGGCAACAUUCCCUCUAUUCACCAAUACCAUGUUCACCAAUCUCGGUUAUCCCGCGGCUUCGAGUCUCUUAGGUGGAAUUGGGAUUUUCUUGACGACUGUGCCUUGGGUCUUGGUACUUUAUGGUCCAAGAAUCCGCGCAAGGAGUAAAUUUGCGAGUGAAUUGUAA